AUGAAGACAAUUUUGAAUGAUGGGGAAGGAAGUGUCAUACCACAACAAUGUCUGAAAAAGCUCAAUUUUUGUAGAGAACAAGGGUUGUACUCCAUUGAUGGAGUGUCUCACGAGGUCUUUUGGGGACCAGGACCGUUGACACCAACAGAAAUCCCAGCUGUUUUUUGUGAGUGUAGUACAGGAAAGCCGGUCACCGUGUGGCUUGAAGGACAAAUCAAGGGGAUUGAAUUUCACAAUGGCGAGUUGUUUUUGACAGUGAAACCGAGGGGACACUCCAUUGCUGAAGGAGCACAUGCGUUGCUUGGAAGGCUCUCCCAUCCGAAAUAUGUAGAGUCCAGUGAUGUAGUUGUUGCAAGAGGUGGCAUGCCGACCAAAUGAGUUGAAAUGGAUUCAAGCUACCAAAGCAUAAUUU